CGUCGGGUUGAAGGUGACGCUUCAGUCGCGCGUCAUGUUUGGCGCCAGCAUUUUCGCGGGGAGCGAGGAGUGGAAAGACGCAGCGCAGUCUUGAUAGCUUAUAAACACUGUUGUAUAAACUCCUCCGAAUUCUUUGAUAUACAUCGUGUGUCGAUGAUAUCGCCUUCAGUGGUUGUUAGCGUGUCCUCAGGCGCGAGGUUGUGAGGAUGAUGGCUGCAGUACCACUAUCUAGUGCUAGCCUCCUUCCUCUUCUGGAGUGUCUGGAAGAUGAAGCAGCUGGGCUGUCAGAGCAGACAGAUGCCUACAUCACCAUCGCAAACCGUCUCAAUGGAGAGGAAGGGCGUCAGUUUCUGCCUGUGGUUGUAAAGCAUUUUGCACGUCUUAGUAAAGUCCUUUUGGUUCAUAUCUCCAGUGAGAACGAGGAGCUGUGUCAAGCUGCACUGCAGGCUUUGGGAUUCUGUGUCUUCCACUCACUCAUUGUUUCAGUCAUACCAGCAAAUAUUUCAGAAGAUAUACUGUCUACGCUCUGUAAUGUUGUGGUCAAAUCCAAGGAGAAGUUUACGUGUACGCGAGCAUUAUGGGUGAUUUCAAAACAGAAUUUUCCGCCAGAGGUGGCAUCCAAAAAGGCCCCAGAGAUUCUCAAGAGUCUAGAGGCCAUGCAGACCCGAGAGGUUCAGUCGAUCCUCAUUGACCAUGAGUCCCUCAAUGUCGUCAUAAGGUUGCUGGAGCAGGCCCCCUCUCAGAUGGCUGCUGGAGCUGUGUGCUGGGCCAAGCUGGUUAUUCCUCUCGUGGUUCACUCAGCAAAUAAAGUGCGCUUGCGUGCAGCAGCAGCCCUGGAACUGGGCUUGCCUCUUCUUCUGGAGAAACAGCAGGAGGUGGCAGCUAUUGUAGAGCCAAUGAUGUCCUCUAUGCUCAUCCCUGAAAUGCAGAAGCUGUUUGCCUCUAAGAAUGAGACGAAUAUGCUGAAGCUCUGGCCCUUGUUUGUGAAACUUCUGGGGAAGUUACUCCACAAAGGCGGUGCUUUUAUUAAUUCCUUGCUGUAUUUAGAGGAGCUGGGUUUCCGCAACUCUUCUCCUAAUAUUAAGAAGAUUGCUUUCAUAGCUUGGAAGAGCCUCAUUGACAAUUUUGCCCUUAAUCCAGAUAUCCUGUGCAGCAGUAAGCGCCUGAAGCUCCUCAUGCAGCCCCUCAGUUCCAUCCAAGUCAGGACUGAAGCUCUUCUGCUCACCAAGCUGGAGGUGUGGUGGUAUCUCGUAGUCAAGCUCGGACCCAACCUGUCCACUAACUUUGAGCAGGUUGGCGUGCCUCUACUGCACAGCACACUUCCUCCUGAUCCUCCACUGCAGUCCCCGACUACACCUGCUCGAACACCUAACCCAAGCAAUGGCACCCCUAAUACACCUAAAACAGGCGUUCCCUCCUGCAGCACGCCGAGCACUACUCCUCGCAUCAAUCUGAACAGCAGUAUGCAGUCGCCUCAGUCCUACCGCUCCAUUCAGCUCCUGGGACUAGAGAUGCUUCUGCACUGGCUCGUGGGUCCAGAGGUCACGGCCAUAGCUCCUAAAGAAAAUCUUCAACUCAGCCUGGAGCCCCUGACACACCCGCUCCUCACCAGCCCUUCCUUCUUUAGCAGACAUGCCUCUACCCUCAUAUCAGCCACCAGAGAAGGCUUCAUUACUGUGGGAAAACAUGCUCCAGAAGUACUACUUAAUCUCAUUUGGAGCAACCUGAUCGGUUCUGUCAGCGCAGCAAUAGAAGCUGGUAAUAAGAAGGAACGACAGGGUUCAGAGGUCCUUACGCUUCUCCUACAGGCUCUGCAGUCCAUCUUGUCCUCAGAUGCUCUGCCUGCUGAACGUGAACUGCUUUUGUUGGAAGCCACCAUUAAAGGAAUCCCUCAGAAGGUGCUUGGUUCUGCAGCUUAUCAAGUGGCAAACAUGGAUGUGUUGAACGGUACACCUGCACUUUUCCUUAUAUUGCUAUUCUAUAAAAGUAACCAGCUUUCAUCAUUUCUUGAAGAUGAGAGGUUUUUCUCAAGCCUGGAGACCCUUGUGAGCUGUGGGUUUUGUGGACCUACAUCGCCCCUUGCAUUUGGAGAGGCUGUUUUAGGAGCAGUUAGUGGGAGGGUGGAGGAUGUUAAGAACAAAAAACAACUCUGGAGGAUGUGGAGUGUGGUGGUAAACCCUCUGACGGACACCAUCACUCAGACCAAUGAAGUGAAUCAAGGAGACGCUCUGGAGCAUAACUUCAGUGCCAUUUACAGUGCCUUGAUGUUUCCAGUCUUUCAUCUCCUGCCUGGUUCAGCCCUACCCCAGGUCACUCAGAAGGCCAUGAUCAGUACUUGGUCCAGGCUUUACAAGGCAUUUGCCCGCUGCUCAGCUUUGGUAGCCACAGCGGAGGAGAACAUAUGCUGUGAAGAGCUGUGUGCCAAGAUCUCUGCCUCUCUUGACAGUGAUUCUCUGAAAAGUCUGUCUAUGCUAGAUGCAAUAGCAAAUAUCUUGCUGAUCAUCAUUGAGAGUAUUGACUUCUCUCCUUACACCCCACAGUUUCAGCAGAAGAUGAAAUCUCCUCAUACACCUUUGAGUUGGGUACGCAAGAGAAGCAAAGCUCUGGGGAAUCUCUCGACCUUCCACACUCUCCUGAUGCAGACUCUAGAUGCAUUUCUUUCUGUGGACCCCUCAGAAGAAUCUGUAGAGCCCACCUGUGGAGCUUUAAAUGGACUUGGCUUGACAGUGGUCUCUAUCUUGUCUACUCUUUUCACUAAUAUCACAUUGCCCACGUUCAUACAAGAGGUGCUGUUCACCCUCACCAAACCACUUGCACAACUUUAUGAACGAUUCUCCAGUUAUGAUGAACCAUCAAAGCCCAGUGCAACACUCGGACACAAGUUGGAGAAACUAGCCACAGACCUGCUUGGCUGUCUUCAGACACAGCUGACUCUGCACAAUGAUGAGAUGAUUGCUGUGUUGUCACCCUUGCUCUGUGUGCUUUUUCCGCACAAGAGCAAGCAAAUUCGCACCGUGGUCACUCAGUUCUGGAAUGCCACCUUUGGAAAAGCACUCACCUUGACUUACCCUGAGCCUCUUAAGUCUGUUUUAAGUCAGGCUAAGCAGAAAACUCCAUUGAUUUUACCUGGUUUUGAAGCCGUUGAUGCUCCAGAUGAUUGCAGUGGACAGUAUACGGGUGAGAGUUCUCAACUGGACCCACAAAUUAGUGGGGUGAAGAUGACCUCUGUUGGAAAGAGGGACUCUCUUCUGGCGAGGGCAGAAGAGCUUAAAGGAAGAGGCUCUGUACCUGUAGCAAAGCCAGUGUCUAUGAAGUUGGAUUUUGGAUCACCCAAGCCCUUGAAUCGAGAAGCUAUUGAGGAGGAGGCAUCAGUAGAUUUUGUUUUCAUUCCACCUGAGACAAAGGAGAGAGUGCUGACUGAGCACCAGAAAGAGGUCAAAAGGACUAAACGGGUUGACAUUCCUGCUCUCUAUAAUAAUUUGGAUGCCUCACAGGACACCAGUGUCUUUUCACAGUAUACUCAGAGUCAGGAGGAGUCCAUGGACAAAUUGACGAAAGAUGAAAGGGAUCAACCUGAGGAAGAGCCUAAGGUUCACCUGAAGGAGGUUACCACAAGUGAAGAACCAUCCACAGAUGUUAAAGUAACCCAAGGCACCACAUCAGACACACCAGAGAAAUCUAUGCCAAAUAAAGCUCAAACUUUAGAGAACGAUCGUUCUCCAUCCAGUGGCAUCUCAGUUGAUGUGAGUGGGCACGAGAAAAGUGGACUAGAGGGGACCAGCCCUAAUGUAUCGAGUUCAUCUGAUAUGAUAUCUGGUACACCUCCUAAACCCAACAGCAGACGUCAAUCGUUCAUAACGUUAGAGAAAUAUGUUGAAGGGAAAUCAAGUCCUGCAAGUGUUGCAUUUACGGGUCCACCAAUCCGGAAAUCAAGUAGACUGGAUUCUUCAAAGUCUUUGGAAUGUACUCCAAAUGACUCACAGAAUCAGACUACAAAAGAGGACUCUCAGAAAUCUCAAAACAUAAGCAGCACUGACCCAUCUGCUCAAAAUGAGAAAGCAAGGGAAGAGGACAAAGAUGGGAUUAAGUCAACAGGAGGUCAUCCUUGUGAAGGUACUGAUGAAGAGGAUUUGGUACCCGAUACCCAGACCCAAGUAUCUAGUGAAGCAUCGGGUGUUAAGAGCAGUCCUGUGUCCAAAGCCAGCGUGGAGGAACAAGACUCGCCUGAAAAAGAUUCACAGAGUUUUGCUGAUUCUCAAUCUAGUCAAGAACCAAGAAGGUCGAGCAGACGGCGGAGUAAACCGGUUCGCCCAGGGGAAGAUCCAGGGGAGGUGAAAGGCAAAGAACAUGUCAAUCAGGUUGCAGACUCAACAAUGACAAACACACAGAAGUCAGUACUUGCACCACCAAGUAGCACGUUGACUGGAAGGAGGAGAAGUAAGGUUCUAGAGGACACUAAAGUUGAAGGUGACCAGCAGAAAAGUAAAGGAAUGAAAAGCCAAAGUGUUUCACAGAUUUUCUCUGCAGAGUCUUCACAGGCACUUCCACGGGCAAGCCAAACUCAGUCCUCUCCCCAGAGUUCACCUGUAACUCAGUCGGAUAGCCAAAGCAGAGAGAGACUGCCAACUCUCAAUGAGUCUGAGGGGCUGUCACUGGGUAGACUGACGAAGAAGACUAGAACACAACUUGAUGAAUCCACAGACAAGGAGGCAGAUGAGAACUCUGAAAAUGAUCCUCAAAAUGCUGCAUCUUCUUUAAAAAAGAGACAUUCACAGACACCUCUUUCUGAUUCUGAGGCUGAUAGCCAGCAAACUGUCCGAACGCGAAGAACAAGGAGAUCUGAAUCCCAGUUACUGGAGAUGUCUGGUUUGCAGACCAAAGAAGAUUUGAGUCAGACAGACUCCCAAACAGUGACAAUGGUGAAGGGAAGAGCUAUGAGAAGGAGAACUGCAGAAGAAGAGACAGACUCUAGCAGAGAUGUUACAUCAACUGUAAAUGCUGAUGAGUUAAGUGCGAGCCAAGAUUCCUCUCAAGGGCUUGGUAGAUACAGAACUCGACGAUCUAAAGGCUUGUUGACUACCGACAACACAGAGUCUGAAAGCCCUGAUAGCAGAGAAGAUGGGCCAAGGCCUAAAAAGAGACUUCGGAAACCCCUGUCCACUGAGGUGCUGCCAGUUGCCACAGAACCUAAAUUUACUGAGAUGGUGCCAGACAAGGAGGAUGUUAAUAUUCAAUCAGAUGUUUCAAUAGAGAUGGCACAGGAUGAGGCAGAUCUGAAACCUGAAACUAGUUUGGGAAUUUCAGUCAGUGAGACCAAAGAAGAGCAAGACGAUAAAGAGGUCCUUGCCCCUGUUAGUCAGCCACAUGAACCGAUUAGCUCUGAAAUAGUUGAGAUAGAAUUGAAAACUGAUACAGAUGAAAAAGAGAUCAUCUGUGAUAAGGGAGAGGGUGAAGAAGCAAAUUCAUUUUCACAAGCUGGAUCAGAAGAUUUAAAGACUGAUGGUUUGCGUAAAUGCCCACAUACCAGGGGACGGGGACGUGGACGUAGACGAUCUAGGAGCUGCAACUGCUUUUUAAACAUCCAGGAGGUGUUCUCACAAAACAGUGACUUUCAAGAAUCACAGGAUCUGAAAAACGAGGAGGUUCCACAUGCUGUUGACACCCAAGAAUCACAGGAUCUGAAAAAUGAGCAGGUUCCACUUGCUGUUGACACCCAAGAAUCACAGGAUCUGAAAAAUGAGCAGGUUCCACUUGCUGUUGACACCCAAGAAUCACAGGAUCUGAAAAAUGAGCAGGUUCCACUUGCUGUUGACACCCAAGAAUCACAGGAUCUGAAAAAUGAGCAGGUUCCACUUGCUGUUGACACUCAAGAAUCACAGGAUCUGAAAAAUGAGCAGGUUCCACUUGCUGUUGACACUCAAGAAUCACAGGAUCUGAAAAAUGAGCAGGUUCCACUUGAUGCUGACACCAUAAACUCUCAACCUGAGCAGUCAAGCCCAACAUCCGUAUCAGAGAAAAGCAAGAGCUCAGCAAUUGCGGAUUUCCCAGAUGCUGAUGUUCAGCAUUUUUCAGACUUGCCUGCUCAACUCCUAUGUGAGGUUUCAUCUUCUGAAAGCCCCAUUACAAAGCUUGGUGUAAUUGUUUCUCAGCUGUCUGAAGCAGAGGAAGGAGCACAGCUUGAAUUAUCCAACGCAAUGGAUGAAUCAAACAAUGUGUUUGUAAAAGUCCUGGUGGUAGAGACAAAUCAGUUAGAGAGUUCUGGGUGCACAGAUAGUCCAAAGCACAACAAAGAAUUGGACAACCCUUCAGUAAGUCAAGAACCUCUCCAAAGUUCAACACCUCAAGACACAUCUCCAAGUCAAGGUCGCCCAGUGGAAGAUGCAUCUAUAUGCCAAGAGCAACUAGAGUCUUCACAUGUCCAGCAGGAGGAUGCAGUGAAGGAAAGUGAAGACCUUGCUGUUUCAGAGACGAGUGGAGAAAAGGUUGUGUUGCCAGAGGAGUCAAAUGGCAAAGAAUUACUUGACAAUAAUGUUGCUCUCAUCGAGAAGGACAAAGACACUCAGAUUGACAACCAGGCUCUUUCUGUUGAUAUACAAGAGUUGUCUGUACUACCUCAAAGUAGUACAUCUGAAGCCUGCUUAGAUUCUCCACUCAAGCCUAAACCUUUAGAUGCUCUCAGUGGUGAGCUAGAGCCUGGCCAGAGCCCGAGCAGAAACCGAUCUCGAGUAUGGUCACCAUCUGCUUCACCAUCUACCAGUAUUCUGAAGAAGGGACAGAAGAGAACAUGUGAAGAAGAUACCCCAUCCCCCCUUCAUAAGUCUCGCAGAGUGUCUUUUGCAACCCCAAUUUACCAUCAAGAACUGGCUGAUGAUAUUGAUAGACGUAGUCCGGUUAUUCGCACAAGCUCACCUAGGUCAAAAGUCUUGAGUGGACAGUCGAAGUAUAUCACUACACCCACAAAAGGCUAUUCAAGUCUAAGUCCACGUAACCUCCGUAGCCCUGGAUCCAAAAGCUCUAAAAAAUGCCUGAUUUCAGAGAUGAGCCAGGAGCCACAUCCUAUUGCUAAAGAUUGUGUUUAUCCAGCACUUGUUGGCUGCUCUACCCCUGUAGAGGCUGUUUUACCGCAGAUAUCCUCCAACAUGUGGCCUCGUGGCUUUGGUCAACUUGUUAGAGCCAGGAACAUUAAAACAGUUGGAGACCUGAGUGCUCUUACCCCUAGUGAAAUCAAGUCACUUCCUAUUCGUUCACCGAAGCUGUCCAAUGUGAGGAAAGCACUUAAAACCUAUCAUGAACAGCAGAGAAAAGGGCGUUCUGAUGACCUCAAGAGUUUUGAUGAAAUGGAGAAAAUGACAUCUGAGCCUGAAGAGAUGGAGCUUCCUCAAAACCAAGAUGAGGAGCAAACACCAGGAGAGACACAAGAUGACAAACCAUCAGAAGUGGGAAUGGAUGCAGGACCGAUGGCAGAGGAGAAAAAAUGUCAAGAUUUGCUCUCAGAUGUUGUAGCACUUGGUGGACGCUUAACUUCAGAGGAACUUGGUCGCUGUUCACCCAACCACUUGGGCCUGAUGCACGAACAUCUGAGCGGAAUGAUGAGAAGCAUUGUGACCCAUCUGCAGUCACGCUUGCUGAGAAAUCCUGAUGAUAGCUUGCCAUAAGGACAUUGAGACAUUUUUCCUGACACAAGAAUUCACUUUUAAAUUUGAAGAUUAACAGUGGACUACUCAUCCCUCAAGUUUUAGCUUAAAUUUUAGAGUAGAUGAAUUUCUAAUUAUGCUCUCUCAAAGAAUAGAGUUAAAUGGCCAAAAGUCAUUUCCAUUGCUACGCAAGUGUCUAUGUAUUUUAUUGAGUGAUUUUUAAGACUGUAAAAUUGUACUGAGAUGCCAAGGAAACUUUUUUUUUUUUCUUUUUUCUUUUUUUUUUAAAGAAAUAAAACUAUAGUAUUAAUAAAAUGUGUCUUUUCUU